UGCGCAAUAGAGUAACCAUGAGAAUAAGUGUGCAGUAAGACAUUCUGGAGUGAGCAGUGUGUUCUAUUAAUUCUCUUUACUGAGUGUUGCACAGGAUCUGAGCUCAAUGGCUGUGUUUCUUCUUUUGGCUGGAAUGGUAGUGGUGGGCUAUAUGAUUUUUCACAAUAUCUUUGUCAAAGGGGCAGUAUGCAAGAGCAAUGUGAAACUGUAUGGGAAAACUGUAAUUGUAACAGGAAGUAACACAGGCAUAGGGAAGAUGACAGCGCUAGAUCUGGCCAGGCGAGGUGCCAGGGUCAUCCUGGCCUGCCGCAACAAACAGAGAGCUGAGGCUGCGCUCGCUGACAUCAAGAGGGAGAGUGGGAGCAAUGAGGUGGUGUUCAUGCAUCUGGAUCUGGGCAGUCUGAAGUCUGUUCGCUCCUUUGCUGAAACCUUCCUGAAGACUGAGCGCAGAUUGGACCUGCUCAUCAACAAUGCAGGUAUUUACAUGCAGGGCAGCACAGAAGACGGCUUGGGGAUGAUGUUUGGUGUUAACCACAUCGGUCACUUCCUGUUGACCAACCUGCUUCUGGACCGUCUGAAGGAGUGCGGUCCGAGUCGAGUGGUCAACGUGGCGUCCUUGGGCCAUAAUUUUGGCAAAAUUGAUUUCAACUGCUUGAGCACUCACAAGGAGUUAGGUGUUGGCGAGUCGGCCACGGACGUCUUUAACAUCUAUUGCAACAGCAAGCUGUGUAACGUUGUCUUCACCCAUGAGCUGGCCAAGAGACUGAAGGACACAAAUGUUACCUGCUACAGCCUCCACCCUGGUAUAAUCGAAACUGAGCUGGGCCGUUACGCCAACUCUGCAUUUUUAAUGCUGUUGAAGCCCAUCUCAAUGUUGUUCUUCAAGAACUCUGUGGCGGGGUCUCAGACCACCCUGCACUGUGCCCUGCAGGAGGGCCUGGAGCCCCUCUCUGGAUGCUACUUCUCUAACUGUACAGUCAGGAACGUCUAUCCUAAGGCCAGAGAUGAUGCGGUGGCCAAGAAGCUAUGGGAAGUCAGUGAGAGUCUGUGUGGACUCCUGUGAAAGCCUCCCACUGUGACUCAAGCUCUCCUCAGUGUGCAAGAUGAUUUUUGAAUGGACUUGCCCUUUAAAUCAUUCAACCAUGUCAAAUAAAUUCUAAAAGUGCUUACUCCGUGUGAUUAGUAUAUAGGACUGAUCUUGUGCAUUAACUUCUAAGUUCUUACCAUAGGUUACUUAGGGUGUUCCACUCUGCCCUAGUAGAUAUAUCUGGAACAUAAUUAAACGACCCACCCAAAACUGUGCAUGCUGGAAUGAAUUCAACCACGAAGUGGCAAAAAGGAUGAAGAAGCAUAGGCCUACUGGGCAAUUCAAGACUUAUGGAAAUAAAGUAUGUGUUCCUCAAUGAGGCUGUUGUAUAUUCAUUGGUUGUAUAAUAAUUGUGCCAGCACUGAACAGUGCAUCCAUUCAUAUUUUAGAUAAUGUAACCCCGUGGUUAAAGAUCAUGUGCACAUGGCUGAGGAGCUGAUGCUGUUUGUUGCCUUGAUCAUGUGCACAUGGCCGAGGAGCUGAUGCUGUUUGUUGCCUUGAUCAUGUGCAUUUGAAUAAAAAAAACAGGGGUGGAAAGAGUACAGAUAUAUCUCACUCAAGUAGAAGUACUGUUACUUUAGUACAAUUUCUACUCAAGUUGACGUCAAACAAAUGGUGUAAAAAAAUGACUUCAAGUAAAAUGAAUUGAGUUACUAUUAAAAUAUAAACAUUGACCUUGAUAAUUAUCUAAUUUUGUUAAGGUUACCUGAAUAUUGUUACACAUUUUCCUUGCAUUCAAUUGAAAAAGGAAUGGAGGCAAUGAAUUAUAAGUCACAUCUGUAUGUAAAAUGAUUAACAUUUGAAUAUAAACAUUCAAAGCAAUUAAAAUGUAUUGAUACAUUUUUUAAAACUAUACAAAAUAAAGUGCAUAAACAAAGUUUC